AUGCACCAGUUCCUGAAUGGUCGGGCAAAAACACAGCUGGUCUAUGAUCUCCGAAGCAAGCUGACGGUUGAACGCUAUCAAUGUGAUUUUCGUGAAAUUCUUACCGAUCUACCGGUCAGAUCGUGAGGUCAAGGCAGGCGUACGUGAAAAUUUGUUCAGUGCUCGAUUUAUAGUGUUAGUGAGUGUGUUUAGAUGUAUGCAAAACUUGUUAAUCGCGGUGUCACCACGAGGAUUUUUCACUGCCCUGGAUACAAAGGAGUUUCGUGAGGUGCUUCGAGCGUCCUUUCGGCAAGCACGGGAGCACUCGGCGAAAAAUGUGGACGGCGGAGCCGUAAUUCAAGGAUUUUGGUAGGAGGGAAGCCGAGGGACGCGAGGAAGCGGUGGAGGAGAAGGAGGAAGAAAUGGCGUCCACGAGCGGGCACAAGAGGAACGGCUCGAGUUCGAGCAUGUUCACCCACAAACGGACCGAGUCAGGCGGCGGUUUUAUCGGGCACAAACGCUCCGAGAGCGGUCACAAACGUGCCGAGAGCAUAUCCAGUGCCUUUGGCCACAAACGAUCCGAGAGUGGCCACAAGAGGAACGAGAGCAGCGGGGGUGGUUUCGGCCACAAAAGGUCCGAAUCUGGUAGCAAUUAUCAUGCUGGGCAUCGAAGGAACGAAAGCAUGUAUGCUAUGACUGGUCUGUACGCUGAGAGCGCGACCACGGGAACCGACGAGACCACAGACCCACUGCAAGCAACCGGUAGCAGACUGACUCAUGACACCGUCAUCAGGUGUCACAGUAGAAAUCCCAGUUCUGGCCUCGUGGACCAUAGAGAUUUUAUCAUCAAAUGUCACAGCAGGAAUCCCAGUGCUUCCAUGGUGGACAGGACGGAGAAGGAGAGAGCGCAAACCCCACCGUUUAAUCCGGAUUCGAAGGACUGUGGAAUCCUGAGCUGCAGGCCGGCCUUUAUACAAAGAUUCGCUGGAAUAAAGUUUUCUUUUUCUUAUGGAGUUUGGAAAAAAUAAGUUUGGAAAGUACUUACAGAUCUAUAAUAAACUGUGUAGAGUCACAAUUUCUUAAUUCAAGAUUCAUUUGGAUUA